AUGGCAGCUAAACUGCAAAACAAUCUCCAGCAGUCUUUCUGUGACCUCUGCGGAGACAUUCAGGAGCUGGGCACCCACACCUCCAUGCUGGAAAACAAGAUGGCGGAUCACGCGGAAACCCACAACGCUCUGACUUCUGAAGUGAGAGAGCUGAGAGCUCAGAUGGAAAGCUAUGAAUCCAAACUGGCUGAUGUUAAGGACUGGUCUACGAAAGAUGAAAGUCACACAAUACUAACAAAUGAACAAAGCGGGGAAACUCCUAGCCAACAGACUCAAACAAUAACAAACCAACCAAACUAUCAUGCACUUAACAUCACGGACAGGCCACAAGCUCAUGUCCCCAAAAGACAUAAGUGA